CGAUCUAAGCAUAGCCUUUUUUUCUUCUUUGCCUUUGUUGAUUAGUUUUCUGUCAUGGAGCUAUUCUUUCUGCUGUUGUGUAUUCCAAUUCUGUACCUUUUCUUCAUAUUGUGGAAGCGGGUCAAUGAUUCGAGAGACCAACAAUGUUACAUUUUGGAUUACCAAUGUUACAAGCCGAGUGAUGAUAGGAUGGUCGGGACUGAAUUCUGUGGGGAGGUUAUAAAACGAAACAAGAACCUCGGACUCAACGAGUACAAGUUCUUGUUGAAAGCCGUUGUGAGUUCGGGCAUCGGAGAACAAACAUACGCCCCGAGAAUCAUGUUUUCCGGCAGAGAAGAGUGUCCGAAAUUGGAAGAUGGAAUCUUGGAAAUGGAAGAGUUUUUCUGCGACAGCAUCGGGAAGUUGUUAUCAAGGGCUGGCAUUUCUCCUCAGGAAAUUGAUCUCUUGGUCGUCAAUAUCUCCAUGUUUGCCGCAGUUCCUUCUCUGUCUUCCCGAAUCAUAAAUCACUACAAAAUGCGAUCAGACAUCAAGUCUUUUAACUUAACAGCAAUGGGGUGCAGUGCAAGUGUGAUUUCCCUCGAUAUUAUUCGUAAUGUCUUCAAAUCUUACAAGAACAAGUUCGCUUUGCUUGUAACAUCCGAGUCGUUGAGUCCUAACUGGUAUGCCGGCAACAACAGAUCGAUGAUUCUUGCGAAUUGUUUGUUCCGUUCCGGUGGCUGUGCAAUACUUUUGACGAACAACAAGGCCUUAAAACAUAAAGCAAUGUUCAAACUGAAAUGCUUGGUGAGAACACAUCAUGGAGCCAUAGACGAGUCAUAUGAUUGCUGUGUCCAAAAAGAAGACGAUGAAGGAAGGACGGGAUUUCACCUUAGCAAAACCCUUCCAAAAGCAGCAACUCGUUCUUUAGUGGACAAUCUAAGGACCAUCACCCCAAAGAUCCUGCCCUUCCGUGAACUGCUUCGGUUCAUGGUGGUUUCACUCGUUAAAAAAUGGAACAUCCGCCAUGGUUCCAGCCCUAAGGGAGCUCCUCAAGGACCGAUCAAAGCAGGGGUGAACUUCAAGAGCGGAGUGGAGCAUUUCUGUAUCCACACGGGAGGCAAAGCAGUGAUCGAUGGGAUAGCAGCAAGCCUUGAUUUGAGUGAUUAUGAUUUGGAACCGGCCAGGAUGACGCUGCAUCGAUAUGGGAACACUUCAGCAAGCAGUCUUUGGUACGUUUUAGCAUACAUGGAAGCCAAGAAGAGGUUGAAGAAAGGGGACAGGGUUUUCAUGAUAAGCUUUGGGGCUGGGUUUAAAUGCAACAGUUGUUUGUGGGAGGUUACGAGGGAUUUAGGCGAUGGGAAUGUGUGGAAAGAUGAAGUCCACAGAUUCCCACCAAAGACAUUGGUUAAUCCUUACAUGGAAAAGUAUGGUUGGAUUCAAGAUGAAGAUCCUAGCACCUUCAAAAUCCCAGAGGAUUAACUACUCUCGAAAGGUAACCUCCAAAAAUAAAACAUAUUUAUAAAUUUGACAAUUGGAUUUCUUUGUAUACAGUAAAUCCCCAGUUGGAUUCAUAAACAAUGAUGAGACUUUGUCGUUUUAAUUA